AUGGAUUACUUUGGCUGGCGGCGUGUUGAUCACGUCGGGCAAAUGACAAACGGCAUUAAUAUGCUCAAAGUAGCAGCAGAAGAGAUUUCUGAUAUUGUGCUUCGUUUGCCUGGCUUGUUGCUUCUUGAACUAUGGUGGAGGAACAAAGAUGUGAGCUUUGAAGAGAUUACACAAGAAAUGCUUUCUAAGGCUCCCUUCAAUUCUUACUUCGAUAUUUCAACUAUCCUGGAUUUUGUCCAUCGCCGAGAUUUCGACCAAUCAGCUGCUAUCAUUCUAAGCAAUUCAGUUCUAAUAAUCAGUGCUCUACUCAUAUCUCUUCCACUUUCAAAAUUGUUUCGUAUGUAUGCAUGCGCCAUGAGCGUUUUUGUUUUCGCAUUUGCUCACUACUUAUCCUGCAUUUAUGUUUUUCUUGAACAGUCUUCUAAAGAACAAGAAGUUCAUUUGGAUGACUUCGUGAAACUUGAAAGACAUGGGUUUCAUUUUCUUGCACAGGUGUUCUUAGCUGUUUUCCAAGCGUUCAUUCUGAGAAUCGAAAAUGAUUUUGGAAGAGUUUGUUUGGCCAUGUUCACUGGACCUAUCUUGGCUCGUAUGUGUGGAAUCGCCCUAGAUAAGUUGAUUUAUGCUCAUAAUAUCUCGUGCUCACUAGCGAUGUUGUUUAUGUGCGUAUACAUCUUAUAUCUUGUUCCUGAAAUGCUUCAAGGUUUAGGAAGCACAUUACGUAGCCUCAAGAAUAUAUUCGUUAAUCAAGGCUUAGCCUCAGGAUGCGCGGAAAUUUGGCGUCGCUUGAGAUUAGCUGAACUUCUCACAUUUGCCUGGCUUACGUUGUUUGGGAUUAGAGUUUAUGUUGAAAUUUUUGAGAAGGGUCGCACGUGGCGUGAAGCUGGACCCGUGCUCCUAGCUGGAAUAGCUGAAAGUACAAACACUCCCCUAUCACUCCUAUCUCUUGCACUCACUGUCGGUUACCUUUCUAAAUGGAUUGUAGACGCAGCUCAGUUAGCUGUUGGUGGACGGAGAGAUCAUGGACAUGUUCUGAACAACUCUGGAUAUGCUGAAGCUUUCGUGUUAGUACUGUUAUGUGCUCAAACUAGUUUGAUUGGUAUGAAAACUGAGAAAAAGGCAUUUUUGAUGGGUCUCGCUCUUUUCAUAGUUGCGUCCGCCUUACUUCACUCUCUUUAUCAACUUCUUGAACCUCAGAUGCUGGUUUUAGCCGCUUGUCCCUCUAGUAAUCGAAGUCGCCAUUUGGGAUGUCUAAUACUAGCAACGUUCCUACUCCUAGCUCCCAUAGGCAUGUGCUACUCUAUUCUCAUAUUCUUACCGUUGGAUUUAUGGUGUAUCAUAAUUUGCUCACACAGUGUUCUAGUUUGCUUACAUAGCGCAUCGGCUAUAUCACAAUACUUUAUUGGAGUGGUUGACUCACGUUCCGCGGAACCUUGGGAGCAGAGUGAUGAUCUCCUGUUUGGAGUGAAAGCUGUUACUAAAUGCAUCGAGCUGUUAGUUGCUAUGAUUGUUGUGGGUUAUGGAAGUUUUCUGGUUGUGCAAGGAGAUUGGACCAUUGUGACUCUAGGAAUUAUAAUAUUCCACAUCGUGAUCAAUAUUUGCAAUAAAAUGGACGAUUUGCAUACGAUGGUCGUAUCGAGAAGACAGGCAACGAAAAACAUAAGUCAGUUGGCCAAAGCUAAUGGAACUGAGUUGAAAGAUCGAGGAGAUGUAUGUGCUAUCUGCAUAAUGGAGAUGGUAGAAGAAGCACGUGUUACUCCCUGCAAGCAUUACUUCCAUGGCGCCUGUUUACGCAAAUGGCUUACAGUGAAACAAGUCUGCCCCCUAUGCUACACGGAAAUCACUGCCGAUCCUCCAAUUAGUUCGGUAGAACAAGAGCCUGUUGUUACGAGAGAUGCAGAAUGGCGAGAAAUUCAUAGAAUGGAUGGAGCUAGAGACAUGUGGCCACUGUUACGAGAAAGAGAUUAUGAGUCGGAUGACAGUAGUACGACUUCAUCUAAUGGUGACUCGGAGUACACUCUUCGUAGUACAGAUACAGAUGGUGAUGUUGCACGUUGA